UUAAUACUUGGGUUGGGUCGGCGCUUGCCCCUCCCUCUCUGUCUUGCCCUUUUUAAGCUGCUUCUCUCCCAUGUUCCUAAGCACAAUCAAACUCCUUUCUCUGCAGAUAAGGGGAGGGAGAAAAGGAAGGAAUCACUCACAAGGAGAGGGAGGCUCUCUGCUCCUCUUUUGUUUUCUAUCAUUCGGAAGAACGGAAGAAGGGCCUUUCCUGGGAUCACAUCUGUUGUUACCAUGGCGUCGGGCUUUGGGCUGUGGGUUGGAGUUUUCGCCCUCUUGGCGAUGUCUUUCUUCGUGGCCUCUGCAACAACAGAGGGAUCAUCCAUUCUGAGAUUGGGGAGUAGGAGCAGGGAGGAGAAAGACGUGAGGGCUAUGUAUGAGCUUUGGCUGAGAAGAAACAGAAAGGCAUAUAAUGGACUGGACGAGAAGGAUAGGAGGUUUGAGAUAUUCAAGGAUAAUUUGGCCCAUAUCGACCAACAUAAUGCGAACGGGAACUCGACAUAUAAGCUUGGGUUGAACAAGUUUGCUGAUCUGACCAACGAGGAAUACAGGGCCCGGUAUCUGGGUGUGCGCAACAAAGAUGCAGCAGGGCGUGGACUCAGGGAUAAGAGCGCUGGUCAUCGCUAUGCUGUGGGUGUCGGGGAGGAGCUGCCGGAGAGCGUGGACUGGAGAGAGAAGGGCGCUGUUGCUCCUGUCAAAGACCAGGGAGACUGCGGGAGCUGCUGGGCGUUCUCAACUGUUGCUGCUGUGGAAGGGAUAAACCAGAUUGUGACCAAUGAUCUGAUAUCCCUCUCGGAGCAGGAGCUUGUGGAUUGUGAUACUUCUUACAAUGAUGGAUGCAAUGGGGGCCUCAUGGAUUAUGCCUUCCAAUUCAUCAUAGAUAAUGGUGGCAUUGACACCGAGGAAGAUUAUCCUUACAAGGCCAGAGAUGCAGUCUGUGAUCAAUACAGGAAAAAUGCACGUGUUGUGACCAUAGAUGGGUAUGAGGAUGUUCCCGAGAAUGAUGAGAAGGCUCUACAAAAGGCUGUUGCUCACCAGCCUGUUAGUGUUGCCAUUGAAGCAGCAGGCAGGGAUUUCCAGCUUUAUCAAUCUGGUGUAUUCACUGGAAGUUGUGGCACUGAUCUUGAUCAUGGAGUCACAGCGGUGGGUUAUGGAACAGAGAAAGGUGUGCAUUAUUGGAUUGUGAAGAACUCAUGGGGUGGCAGCUGGGGUGAGUCGGGAUACAUAAAGCUUGAAAGGAAUGCGAAGAGCAAGACCGGGAAGUGUGGGAUUGCCAUGGAAGCAUCAUACCCCAUCAAGAAGGGCGAUAACCCCCCCAACCCUGGGCCAUCUCCCCCAUCUCCAGUGAAGCCGCCCACGAUGUGUGACAACUACUACACUUGUCCAGAGAGCAACACCUGCUGCUGUGUUUAUGAGUACGGUCCGUACUGUUUCUCAUGGGGUUGUUGCCCACUGGAGGCAGCCACAUGCUGCGCCGACCACUACAGUUGCUGCCCCCAUGACUAUCCCAUCUGCAACCUCAAUGCUGGCACCUGCCUUGCGAGCAAGAACAGCCCUUUUGGAGUGAAGGCUCUGAAGCGCACCCCUGCCAAGCCAUACUGGGCCUUAGGUGGUUCUUCUCAGGGCAAGAGCAGUGCUUGAGCAUCACAAAAGGAGCAAUAAUUCUUAUUGGGUAGAUUUAAUUCUUCCUCUCAUUCUGCAUGCUGGACCCGCCCCAUCCUUUGUUUAUAGAUGCUGGGUUGGCUUGAUGGAUGGUGGGGGUUGAAAUCCUUCUGUAAUUACUCUUUUCAUGGCUUGUUGGGGAUUUAGUAUAUAGGAUUAGGAUUGCAUUACCGCUACAAUAUGACGGUACUAAAUUAUCUCAUUUAUGUUUCGUUCUCUUUGAUGAUUGGGUUAUUAACUUAUCAAUGAUGGUGAUGUAAGUAGUACUCCUUAUGUUAUGUUUGGUUUCUGAGUAUUUUGAUUUUUCC